ACCAACCUUCUCUCGUAUUCUCUCUUCUUAUUGGUUGAUUGUCUUUCCAUUAAUUAAUUAAUUACCAUAGUAUCGAACGUCUUAACUUCUGUACAUAUAUUCUUAUCUCCCCUCUUCACUCAACCCUUCCCCCUUAUUCUUGAUAUCUCUUUCUCUCUUUUUAUCUCUUCAAUUUUGUUGCUUCUCUCUUUUAUCUCUCUCUCUCUCUCUCUCUCUCUCUCUCUGUGUCUUUUCUCCUCUCCAAGAUUAAACAGGAGAACUGCGAGAUGGCGGAUUGCAACAGAGAACAAGAUUUCUAUUCUUCUCAAGAGGAAGCAACGGCGGAGAAGAAAUAUGGGGGCCUUGUACCCAAGAAGAAGCCUUUAAUUUCCAAGGAUCAUGAACGUGCCUUCUUUGAUUCAGCAGACUGGGCAUUAUGCAAGCAAGGUGCUGGAGUGAAAGAGAAAUCUACAGUGGCAAUAGAGACUCUGAGACCAAAACUGCAGAGAACUCCACACCAACAACUGCCACCAAGAAGACCGGCUUGCAUAUCUGGUCGAGAUAACCACCAUGUGAGUAUUUCUAGUAGUUCUUCAAUGUGCUUAAUAUUAUUAGCAUAUUUACUUGUUACUGGAUACUGAUAUUAGCUGCUGCUUACAAUGUUGCAGGGAGACUAGUAUAUAUUGAAUGAUUGGUCCGGGAAAGUGCUUUUUAUGGGAUGAUAUAAGUAGUAUACAUAACAAUUGCCCUAUGAAUUGGUAUUGGUCUUCAAUAAAGGCAUCUUGGUUAUGAGAAAAA